AUGGCUGGGACGGCUUCAGUGGCAGGAGAAGUGUUUGUGGAUGCUCUGCCCUACUUUGAUCAGGGUUAUGAUGCCGCAGGAGUCCGGGAAGCGGCAGCAGCACUUGUGGAAGAAGAAACGAGAAGAUACAGACCCACAAAGAACUACCUGAGCUAUCUCCCUACACCAGACUUCUCUGCUUUUGAGACAGAAAUAAUGAAGAAUGAAUUCGAGAGACUAGCAACUCGACUACCCAUGGAGCUCCUGAGCAUGAAACGGUAUGAGUUGCCAGCGCCCUCUUCUGGUCAGAAGAAUGACAUCACAGCGUGGCAGGAGUGUGUGAAUAAUUCUAUGGCUCAGCUGGAGCAUCAGGCUGUUCGCAUUGAUAACCUCGAGCUCAUGUCGCAGUACGGGACCAAUGCCUGGAAAUUCUACAAUGACAACCUGGCUUUUAUGAUUGAGAUUGCGCAAAAGGAAUUGCAGAAAUUCAGGAAGCAAAUUCAAGAUCUAAAUUGGCAAAGGAAGAAUGAUCAGCUGAAAGGAGGAGCUAAACUGCGAGAACUGGAGUCAAACUGGGUGUCGCUGGUCAGUAAAAACUACGAGAUCGAACGUGCCAUCGUCCAUUUGGAGAAUGAAAUGGCUCAGCUCAAACAGCAGCAGGGAGACGAGAACAAGGAGAACAUUCAACAGGACUUUUAA